GCCCAAAUAACCCUUCCAAACAGAGCCAAAAGAAAGCGCUUUCUCUAUCUUACUCUCUCUUUCAGCUUCUGAGUUUUACAGACACCAUCAAUUGACUCAAACAUGGCCACCAUUUCGCUACCAACGACACCAAGAAUGUCAUCAUCACUCUCCCAAAGACAACAUCUUUGCCCUUCUUCUUCAUCAUCAUCAUCAUCAUCAUCAUCAUCGUCACAGUCAUCCUUGCUUCUUCUUCGACCUCACACUCACACUUACACUUCUCUUCGCUGUUCCUCUUCCUCACUCUUCAAUCCCUCUCUCCUCAUUCCCACCAAAUUCUCAAAACCCACCAAAAUCCCCCCAUUUUGGACCACCAUUUCAAUGUCCAUGGAGGCUGGUAUCGGUGUCAUGGGUACUAAAUUGGGUAUGAUGAGUUUCUUCGAACCCAAUGGUACUGUUGUCCCCGUCACCGUUGUGGGUUUUAGAGUGGGCAACAUUGUCACCCAAGUCAAGACUCAGGCCACCGACGGCUACGAUUCCAUUCAGGUCGGUUAUCGGAGGGUUCGAGACCGAAAGCUCACCAAGCCCGAGAUGGGUCACCUCCACAAGUCCGGGAUUAUCCCGUUGCGCCACUUGCAGGAGUUUCGGUUGCAAUCGGUUGAUGGGUUUGAGCCUAACCAACGGCUGGUUUUUGAGGAGCUCUUCAAAGAAGGGGAUUUGGUUGAUGUUUCUGGAACCACCAUUGGCAAGGGUUUCCAAGGUGGCAUCAAAAGACACCACUUUAAGCGAGGCCCUAUGACUCAUGGAUCUAAGAGUCAUAGAGCUAUUGGAUCCAUUGGUGCCGGGACAACUCCUGGUCGUGUGUACAAGGGGAAAAAGAUGCCAGGGCGAAUGGGAGGAACCAAAAGAAAGAUCAGAAAGCUUAGGAUUGUGAAAAUUGAUAAUGAUCUUCGAAUUGUGAUGAUCAAAGGCGCUGUCCCUGGUAAGCCAGGAAAUCUACUCCGCAUUGCACCGGCAAAGAUUGUUGGGAAGAACAUUCCUAAAAGUUAAUUUUGUGGUGUAUUUCUCCGUCUUUUGCACUAUCAAUGUUAAAUGCAUUUACUUUUUUGGUUAAUUAGUAUAGCUUUGUAGUUUCUAGAUCUGCUUGUUGAUUUUCUUCAGCUUGUUUUGUUUUGAUCACCAUAACUAACAACAUUGUGCUGCCAUUGCUUUAGAAGAUUUGUCUGUAGUCAAUGUCAUGGUGUAAUUAUUCUAACAUUUGUUGAUUUUCUUCAGCUUGUUUUGUUUUGAUCACGAUAACUAACAACAUUGUGCUGCAAUUGCUUUAGAAGAUUUGUCUGUAGUGAAUGUCAUGGUGUAAUUAUUCUAACAUUAAUGCAUCAAAUUCAGUAGGUUGGUCCUAUUUAUUA